AUGUCUUCGCGCGAUAGAACGCCGCCAAAGGCGACCGGCCCCCCGUCUAUACCUCUGCAAGAUCUCUCCAGGCCUCCGGACGAUUCAUCCCCCAGUUCUAAUGACCCCGGAAGUUCUGGACGGGGGAUUUUUGGUCAUGGGCAUGGGCAUAAUCGCACCCGGUCUUUACUGACGGGUCGGCGGACUCCCAACUAUGAGCGCUUGGAAGAGGAGUCACCCACAAGAGGUGAAACUUCGUUCGGAUCUGUUGGGUUUUCAUCAAGAGGCGGGAGCAGCAGAGACUUUCCUAUCGAAGACGUCGAAGGGUUUGCAGCUGCUACAGUCGGAUUGGAAUUCCCUCAGCCAUCCACACCUUCUAAUAUAGCGAUGCGACGGCCGACCAUCGUCACAACCCCUGCCGGUGAAGAUCUCAACGAUCCCGAUGCUGAGAGUAUGUUCUCACCGCCAGAUACUGACACAACUCCUUUGACGGAGGGCCGCCGUCUCACGUCUUCUUUGAGGACUUCCAGUUCCACUUCGAGAGGUCAACGGCACGACAGACAACGGAGGUCCAGCGUUCGAUGGACGGAUGGCGAGUCCCCUUCGCUGCUGCGUGGGCCUGGAACUAGGCUAGGCGAUGAUCUUCCCACACUUGAUAUACAUGCCGGCUUGCAUCGAAAAUUGAGCACUGGAAGUGGCAUUAGCCGCCUGGCAUCCUCAGGUCGGCGAGAGUCUAGCGAACGCUCAAGGUCCUUGUCACCCUCUCCGUCACCAAUAGCUAGGGCCAACUCAAUGCUCCGAGAGAUAUCACAACGUGUGGUCAAUUUGAGUAACGACUCGGACAUGGUUGAACGAAGUAUCCGUCGCAAAUCAUCUGUACGAGAGCAUCGGCGCCCAAGCACCUCGGCUUCUCCUGCCCCGGACGAAGAAUCGGCACCGCCACCCAAAUCACCUCUCGAGAAAGUCCCAUCCGUCGAGGCGUCGUCAUCUCCAGUCUUUCCUCUCCGUCAUCCAAAUCCUCUCCUAGGAAAGACAUGGGGCAUUUUUGGCCCCGAUAACAAACUUCGAAAAUGGCUCUGCGAAGUAUUGGUCCAUCCUUGGAUGGAACCGACCAUCUUGGCCUUGAUCGUCGCUCAAACGGUUUUGCUCGCCGUAAAUGCCGCAUCCCAUGCCGUCUAUCUUCAGACGAGGAGCAAAGCAUGGGGUAGUAACAGAUUCGAUUACGCCAUCUUUGCAUUAUUUGUCGUGUAUACUCUUGAGUUGAUUGCCCGGACAAUCGUUUCAGGGUUCAUAUCGAACCCUCGUGAGUUCAGCACGAUCGACCGGUCUCUGGGGCUGAAGAAGGCUGUUCUGCAGAAAGCGCAGACGCUUCUGGCCCCCCAACAUAUUCGAGAUGUGGCACCAACGAACAACGAUGUUCCAAGUCAACCAUCAAUUGUCCGCACGUUCACAGGCGUCCCAGAACCUGGCGGUCCUGGCCACACUAAACAGCAGCAACGAAUUCGUCUCGCGCGACGGGCCUUCCUCAGACAUUCAUUCAACCGUCUCGAUUUCGUCGCUGUUGUCUCGUACUGGAUAUCCUUUGCGAUGCAGAUAGGCAGAGUUGAAGACAGCACCCAUGUCUAUGUUUUCAAUAUGCUGAGUUGCCUUCGGAUCCUGCGACUAUUAGGGCUAACAGCCGGUACCUCUAUCAUUCUUCGCAGUCUGAAAAAGGCAGCACCCCUUCUUGUCCACGUGGCGUUCUUGAUCGGCUUCUUCUGGUUGAUCUUUGGCAUUAUCGGCGUCCAGAGCUUCAAAUCAAGUCUAAGACGUACCUGUGUUUGGGUCGGCGACGAUGGUUCUGGGCAGAACUACACUCUCAACCUAGCUCCGGACAACGUGCAAUUUUGUGGAGGAUACCUGCAUGCCGUGACGGGCGAGCCUAUGCCUUGGCUUAAAGGUGAUGGUCAAAACGGGACCGGUACUCCUAAGGGCUAUUUGUGUCCGCAAAACUCGGUCUGCAUUGAGGGCUCGGAGGGUCCAUACAAUGGAACUGUUAGUUUCGACAACAUUGCGCAGUCUCUGGAACUCGUAUUCGUCAUUAUCAGUUCCAACACCUUUUCCGAUCUUCUGUAUUAUCUCACAGACUCCGACUAUCUCGCCGCAGCGCUCUUCUUCGCUGCAGGCAUUGUCGUCCUCAGCUUGUGGCUGGUGAACUUGUUGGUUGCUGUUAUCACCUCGUCGUUCCAGAUCAUCCGGGAAGAAAGCAAGCAGAGCGCUUUCACUGCAGAAAAGAUUGACGCGCCGGUACUCAGCGAGGAUCCGAUGACGAACAGGAGCCAGCUAAAGAAACUGUUUGACAAGACACACUGGUUCUGGACCCUCCUUAUUGUGUAUGAUCUCGUGGUACAGAGCCUUCGCAGUGCCCGUAUGGGCGAUGACCGAAAGACCUUUAUCAUGAACUCGGAAACUGUUGUGACACUACUUCUCCUUGUGGAGAUUAUCUUGCGGUUCCUGUCUGACUGGAGGCACUUCUUUCGUGGCAAACGGAAUUUGGUCGACCUCUUGCUCGCCGUCGUCACCAGCGUUGCGCAAAUCCCUCCUAUCAGGAAUUCAGGACAACCAUAUGCAUGGCUCACUGCCUUUCAGAUUGCUCGUAUCUAUCGAGUGGUCCUGGCUGUGAGGGUCACCAGAGAACUGGUAAUGGUUGUGUUUGGGAAUAUCGUUGGGUUACUUAACCUGAUUUUGUUCGUGUUUCUGUUCACGUUCUUGGCCGCCAUCCUCGCGUCUCAGCUGUUUAGAGGCGACUACCCUUCGGUAGACCCCUCUGGCGAGACGAUCCCCGUGACUUUUUUCGACAUAUGGAAUUCCUUUCUUGGAAUGUACCAAAUCUUUUCUAGCGAGAAUUGGACGGAGCUCAUGUACAACGCGACCCAGUUCAACCUCAUCUGGGACACCGCAUGGCUUAGUGCAAUAUUCUUCAUUUUAUGGUUCAUUAUCUCGAAUCUGAUUGUGAUGAACAUGUUUAUUGCUGUCAUCCAGGAGAGUUUCGAUGUGUCCGAGGAUGAGAAACGGCUUCAGCAAGUGAAGGCUUUUUUGAAGCAGAAAGAGAUCAGCAGCUCUACAUCUGGAAAUCUGUCCCUCACCUCAGUGUUCAAGAUGGGACGAGAAUCGAUCCGGCAUCGGGAUGCUCUUGAGUAUGGCUCAGCCACAGUGGAACAGCUGCUGAAGGAGGCGGUGGUCAAAGAUUUUCUGGACGAGCAAGAGGAUGGUUUGCCCAAACGUCCAACGUCUGCGCAUCUCCCCCAACAUAUCUUGGUAAAGCCUGGUCUGCUCUCCCAAUAUUGGGGCAAAAUCACGGGCCUCAACCACCACAAAGAACCGAACCCUUUCUAUUCAAGCGCCACGACGAUUCGAGCGAACGAGGAGUUUGAUCCACGAGCUGCAGCCAAACAGGUGGUAACGACCACUGAAAACCGGCGGCGAGCGCAACGUCAAUACCUGCAGAAGCACCCAAAUUACAACGUGUCCUUGUUCAUUUUCAAACCGCAUAACCCGAUCCGAAGAUUUUGUCAAUACCUCGUUGGUCCUGGACGUGGGAACGAACGUGUGGAAGGAGUCUCUCCGUACAGACCAGCCUGGUAUGCAUUCUCCGCGUUCACAUAUGCCGCCAUUGUGGCAAUGGUCAUUCUGGCUUGCAUUACUACUCCAUUGUAUCAGCGCGAGUACCACCAGAAUAACAAUGUGGACGUUACGACGUGGUUUGUCUGGACUGAUCUUGGUUUCGCUGUCCUUUUUACAGUGGAGGCAAUCAUCAAGGCCAUUGCGGACGGGCUCUUUUUCACCCCCCAUGCCUACUCUCGGAGCGUCUGGGGCUUCAUCGAUGGUGUGGUCUUGAUCACGUUGUGGAUCAACGUUAUCACAACCAUGUUUCGAGAUAACGGUGUCUCACGUGCGGUUGGUGCUUUCAAAGCGCUGAGAGCGUUGCGACUACUCAAUAUCAGCGACACUGCCAGAGAUACUUUCUACUCUGUGAUCAUCAUUGGUGGUUACAAAGUCCUUGCUGCUGCCUUUGUCUCAAUGAGUUUGCUAAUUCCCUUUGCGAUUUUUGGGGUAAACCUCUUCAAUGGGAAAAUGCAGGCUUGCAACGACGGCGACUUCGGCUACAGUGCGCUGUCAAAUUGCGUGGGAGAGUUCAACUCAACACCCUUCAAUUGGCCUGUACUAGCUCCAAGGCAGGUGGCAAACCCAUGGUUCAGUUUCGAUGAUUUCGGCAGUGCUUUGUUCAUCCUCUUCCAGAUUGUCUCUCAGGAAGGAUGGGUUAACGUUAUGUGGUCAGGGACGAGCAUUACAGGAAGGGGACUCCAACCCGAACCCUUUGCCGCGCAAGGCAAUGCCGUCUAUUUCAUCAUUUUCAACCUCUUGGGUGCCGUCUUUGUGCUGACCUUGUUCAUAUCUGUUUUCAUGCGUAACUACACAGAACAGACGGGCGUCGCAUUCUUGACCGCGGAGCAACGUUCGUGGCUCGAACUACGGAAACUCCUCAGACAAAUCUCCCCUUCCAAGCGCUCGAUCGGCGAGACCAGCGCCAAUUGGAAGAAACGAUGCUACAACCUCUCGAUUAAGAAACGAGGGAAGUGGCAACGAUUCAUCACCACGAUAUUGAUUCUCCAUCUCAUUCUUCUCACCGUCGAUUUCUAUCCCGAGCCAUCCUGGUGGGAGACGCUGAGGGAAGGUCUGUUCUUGGCUUUCACGAUCAUUCUGAUUGCCAAUAUCGCGAUUAGGAUUUUUGGGCUCGGAUGGCACCGUUUCAGACGCAGCUCCUGGGAUAUCUACUCGAUUUUGGCCGUAUCAGGGAUUUUUGUCACUUCGCUAAUAGCACUGGCGAAGGUCAACAGUCGAGGCUUUGAUCAACUGCACAAGCUCUUCCUCGUGUCGGUCUCCUUCCUCCUCAUUCCGCGAAACAAUCAACUGGACCAGCUGUUCAAGACUGCUGCAGCGUCUCUCCCUCUCAUAGCGAACCUCUUGGCAACGUGGUUCGUUCUCUUCUUGGUCUACGCAAUUGCGUUUACUCAAGCAUUCGGACUCACGCGGUUCGGGGAAAACGAAAGCAAUAACGUCAACUUCCGAACCGUACCCAAGGCGCUCAUCCUUCUGUUUCGCACGAGCAUUGGGGAAGGAUGGAACCAGAUCAUGGAGGAUUAUGCAAGCAUCAGACCUCCUCUCUGCGUUCGAGAAGCUAGUUUCUUCGACAGCGACUGCGGCAGUUCAAACUGGGCGAGAGCGCUUUUCAUCUCGUGGAACAUCAUCAGCAUGUACAUCUUCGUCUCAUUGUUCGUUUCCAUGAUCUUCGAGAGUUUCUCGUACGUCUACCAGCAGAGCAGCGGAAUGUCCAUUGUGAGUCGAGAUGAGAUUCGACGAUUCAAACACGCAUGGGCAGAUUUUGAUCCAAACGGCACUGGAUUCAUCUCCAAGGAACAGUUCCCGCGUUUACUGGGGGAACUGUCCGGUGUCUUCCAAAUGCGAAUCUACGAUGGUGAUUUCACGGUGCGGAGUAUCAAAGAGGACUGCUCCGUCCAACCUGGCGACCCCGUGAGACCCGGUGUGAGAGUGGUGGACGGAAUUGAUCUCGACAAGCUGGCGGAACGGGUCAACCAAAUACCCGUGGCCGAAAUCCGACGGCGACGGGAGCGAAUGAAUGUAUUUUAUCAAGAGGUCAUGCUGACGGCCGAUCCAGACCGGGGGAUCCCUUUCACGGCGUGUCUCUUCCUAUUGGCACAUUACAACGUGAUCACCGAUUCACGUAGUCUACGACUGGAAGAAUUCCUCCGACGGCGGGCGCGUCUUCAGAGGGUACAAGAGACGAUUCGACGCGACACAGUGAUGGGGUUUUUUGACACUCUGCAUUGGUCAAGAAAGUUCAAAAGGGCGAGAGAUAUGAAGCGCAAUUCGCGCCUUGGGGCGCCCCCCUCGCUUCCUGUCCCUGAGAUCUUCAUCGAGAAUCCCGAUGACAACCUUGAGAGCAGUAGCAGUACCCAGCCUCACGACUUUACUUUCUCAACGCCGACAUAUACGCCCAAGAAGGCUCCUAGCCUACCGCCUAUUGACACAUCAUUUCAACCUCGGGACUCGUUGAGAAGUGCUUGGUCAUUUGGCCCGGAUGAGUCGCCUAGGGGCAGUCCGAUUCGGUCACCCAGAUUGGAAUCGGUUGAUACUUCAUACUCUGCAGCAGCAAGAGCCUCGCCUACAACGCCAACACCAACAUUGAGCCACAGCCGACAAGGCAGCAACGCCAGUGGUAUUGGAGAGCAAGGGAUUAUGGAAAGCUUUGACGCCUCAGCAUGGGGUGAAAGCUUACGAAGAAGCUUUACGACGAGAAGACCACGAAGCGAUCGAAGCGAGCGCGAAUGA